AGGUGUGACUCUCUCAGAGGAGAUGCGGUGGUGGGGCUGUUUUUCAGCUUUGGCGAUUGUGGUGGUCACUAACAUUGCUGGCGUGGAAGUCGUUGGGAAGAUAUCCUACGUGCUGUGCCUCUUGGUCUGCUCCCCUCCUUUGAUCCUGGUCCUGUUGGGCAUGGGCCACGUGGGCAGCAUCCCAGCCACCAACUGGCAGCAGCUGCACUGGUUGCACUUCUUGACCUCGCUGAUGUGGAACACCUCGGGCUUCGACGACGCGGGCGCCUCCGCUGCUGAGAUUGAGGGCCCGCGGGAGGUGUUCCCCAAAGCGCUUGGUAUCUCGGUGGCUCUUGUGACAGCACUCUAUAUUCUGCCUAUCGCGGUGGGUGUGGCUGUGGAGCCCAACACCGAGCUCUGGCACGACGGCUUCCUCGCGAAGAUUGGCGCUGAGCUGGGCGGCGUGGCCCUGGGCCUCGCCAUGAGCAUCGCCGGCUUCGUGUCUUCGCUGGCGCAGCUCAAUGCCCUGCUCUGCACCUCGGUCAGGGAGGUCAUUUGCCUAGCGGAGCAGGAAGGCCAGCCGGUUCCUGCAGUGCUGGGACGCUUGCAUCCCACCUUUCGCACGCCGCACGUUGGCACUGUCGCCUUCGCCAUCGUUAUGUUGGGCACCUUGAAGUACCAGUUCGUAGAGCUCAUCGCUGCCACGGUCAUUUUCGACUGCGUCAGCUUCCUGAUCCAGUUUGCGACCUGGAUCCAUUUCAGGUGGCACACGGAGCCGGACGGCGCCUUCCGGGCGCCGUUGAAUGUGGCGGGGGUGGCGCUCUGGAGCACAGGACCCAUCUUCCUCUGCUGCCUGGUCCUGUUUCUCACGCUCUCCGCCGGUGGAGAUGCGCUCUACGGCACCAUCCUGGUUUACAUCUCAGGAGAAGUGCUGUAUCGCGGCUACCAACUUCGCAGAUGACUUGCUCGGGGCAACUCGGCAUGCUUUCAGGCGGCGG